CAUUUUGAGCUUUAUUAUGCCGUUGCAAUUUACUGCAUGUUUCUUUCACAAUUUAGUUUCAUAACGGGCUCCUAUGACAGAACCUGUAAAAUUUGGGAUGCAGCAACUGGUGAAGAGGUUCGGACAUUAAACGGUCACACCAAUGUCGUUUAUACCGUUGCUUUCAACCUGCCAAUUUCAGGUAUAACUUUUAUAUAUCUUAUCAACUGCGCGAUCUACGUGUUCUUAACCAUUUUGAAUGAUUUCCUCUUUCCAGAUCCUUUGUGUUCUAAGGCGAUGGGAUAUUUUUUUUCAGAUCGAAUAGCUACAGGAUCUUUCGACAAAUCUGUGAAACUGUGGAACUCCGAGUCAGGAGAAUGUCUCCAUUCUCUUGAAGGGCAUUCGGCUGAGGUUGUUUGUCUCCAUUUUUCCUGCGAUAGCAAGUUUUUAGCUACAGGCAGCAUGGACACAACGGCCAAGGUGUGGGACCUUGAGACAGGGGUCGAGACGGCCACAUUGCACGGCCACACUGCAGAAGUGAUUACAUUAAACUUUGUCGGUCGAGAUGAUCGCCUUCUUCUGACCGGAAGUUUUGACCACUCUGCAGCACUGUGGGAUUAUCGCACCGGUCGUCGCGUUCGACAUCUCACCGGGCAUGUGGCAGAAGUGGCUUCGGCUGCCUGCUCCUUUGAUGGGCGCAAUGUCGUGACCGCGUCUAUGGACAAAACUCUUCGAGUGAGAGUCGAACUGGCCGUACUUCAUGGCCACGAAGACGAGGUUUUGGAUGUAGCAUUUGAUCUCUCUGGCCGCCAACUGGCUAGUGCUAGUGCCGACGGCACUGCCAUUCUCUGGAGCAUCAGCCAGGGUAACGGUGCUUAUGAAUUCAAGCGACUCAAAGGUCAUGAAGGUGAAGUGAGCAAGGUGAGAUUCACCGUUUGUUUCAGUCCACGUGGCUCCACGCUGCUGACCGCUAGUGCGGACAAGUCAGUGCGUCUGUGGGAUACCCUAACGGGUGAGCUACGGGACGUGCUAGUGGGUCACAAUGAUGAAGUUUUCAGUUGUGCGUUCAACUACGACGGGGAUACCGUCAUUACUGGAUCAAAGGACAACACCUGUCGAAUUUGGCAAUAG